UCCUAUUUCAAGUAUUUUAGGUAGAAAUAUUUACGUAAUUAACACCCACAAAGCAGAACCCCCAAAUAACACACAUGGUUACCUCUUUGAUUCCGCUGAUGAGGUGAUUACGUAGGGCAGAAAAGUUAGCUGGGAAAUGUGAGUUUGGUGACGAGGCUACAACGGUACAGGGAAGUGAACCAUGUUUUGUUUUUUACAAGAACUGAAGUGAUAUCAUUUUGUUCUGGGUCUUUAAUUAUUGGACUAUAAAACUUAUUACUUUGUAUUUUUUUAAUUAAUAUUCCUCGUUAUGUGGGAUUGUUUUACUAGUCACUGAAGAAAACGAAGCUAAGAUUAAUGACAGUAUUAUUCACUUGCUGGUGUCGGCUAGGUUGUGCAUGUGUACCUUAUCAUAUUAUGCGAUAAGCUCUUACGUGUGUGUGUGUGUGUGUGUGUGUGUGUGUGUGUGUGUGUGUUCUCAUUUGACUGCAGAAUGUGAGCAUCAGUGUUUUUUGGGUGUUCCUUGGAAGCGUUGCAUAAUCCCACGCGUGUGUACAGCGUUUUCGUGGAGCAAUAAUAGUACACUCAGUCACGUCCUCUGGGAUGGGAACACCUAUUUACACGACACGUCAUCACAAGAGCUGAUAAUUAUUAAAGUCUGCCCUGAAGGGAGAGAAAACGGGUCAGUCUGUGGCACCAAAGAAAAUAAAGAAUGAUGCGACACCAGUUAAUCUUGGCCUUUCUAUAUUUCGUCAUCGUUCUCGUCAUUUUACCAUUUUUCCUCACUGAAAGAGUAUAUUCUAUAUAUUACCAGGAAGAUUAUGAAAAGUCCAGCUUCACUGACACAAUUAAAAAUGAAUAUCGUUUAAACGGUGCACAACAGUACUUAGAAAAUGUUGACCCCGAAACUUCUCUAACUUUUCACAACUCUAAGUUAUCAGAACCUGUAGAUAAUCUCAUUAUUGUGUUGGCCAAAAAGGCUACGCAUGAAAAAGAUCUAAUAUUAACACAACUGGUGACAGAAGUGGACAAAAAUAUCAGAGCGGAAAAAUUCUAUCGUAACGCCAUGAUGAUCUGUAACACCACUAGGUCCCAUUUUAGAGAACUGGAUCGUUUGGCUCGGUUCUACCCAGUCAGACAAGCACAAAAUACCACGAGAUGGAAGCUUUUUAAUACAGAAGAAGUAAAAAAGCAUGAUUUUGUCGAAUGUGUGAAUCAGGGAAUAAACAGUGUGAACUUUAAAUACCUGACGUUGAUAAGAGAUGUAGUGGUGCCUUACUCUGGGUUCCUGGGGGUUCUGAAUCACCUCGCCAGCAAGAGACUCACCAGAUCCUUAGUGAGGGGAGAUUUAAAGGAGCGUGACACAUCCUGGCUCUUCCUGCACUUGCAAGAGCCUGUACCUUUCCGCCACUACGAGUUUACAGGAGUGUGUGUGCGUGAAAUACUCCUGGUGGCAUGCAGCGGAGCCGUGUUUUUCACUGUGGUAUUUAGGUGGCUGGAGGGCCCCUCACUGCCGAGUUCUGCGAGAAUCAUCUAUGCCCUCUACGGUGUCCUCUACUUUUUAACCUUCGCCCUUGUCAUUGGUCGACCUUAUGUUAACGAAUUUCGUCGGUUUAGUGCUGACAUGUACCUAGUGUAUGAUCCGCCAGAACCCAUCCUUUUCUCAGCUAUAGUUCUGCCUUCAUCCAGCCUGGACGUCCUCCUCCCUCAACUAAACCUGCUCCAGUGCUCCAAAUAUUCACCUUUCCACGAGGUACUCGACCACAUGAUCAGCACAAUAGAGUUGCCGGGGUACGUCGUGUCCCCCAGCCUCUUCAAAUAUGUUGCCAGAACCUGACAAAAUGUUUGGUGUUUUCCUCUGUAUUGUUUCUCAUGUUUCUUAUUCCUUAAGCAAGUUACUCUUUUUAUAUGUUGCAGUCUCAGGUACAGGCAAUUUAUUAUUUUACUGAUUUAUUUAACACAUAAGAAAACUGUACAGCCAGUCGAAUAUUACCUCACUUAACCUGUUCACCAUAUAUUUUAUCAAAUGUUUAUCAUACUCAGUGAUUGAAGAUUCGUAAAGCUCCAAUCACUAGCGAUUUUUCCUUCUGUCUUCAUAUUGAUCUCCGAGGAAAGCCUGUUACCACUACACUGUCUCUUAGUACACGACUUGCCCCCACCGACUUAAAUCAAAAGAAUGUCUUUAUUAAUUUUGUAUCACAAACAAUACUUUAUAAGUCUAUUAUGGUGUAAAAGAUGUGUGUGUGUUUGUUAGUAUGACAGUCUCGUAAGUAGAGAUUAGGGAAGGUGGACCAUAGUUCAGCUUAUCAUUAGAAACUGCUCUUAAGUAGUCUUCCACCUUCGAGUUUGUUAUUUCAAGUUAGAUUCCCAAACCACACAGGAUAGAUAACUUGACGCUGUUGUUUGUUUAGUGUCAGAUUCUUGCAGUUGUAGUUGAGUGAGGAUAAACGCUUGUUCAGUUGACUUAACACUGCUCUAAGGCUUGAGUAAUAGUAAAGGAACAACUACAGGUUCUCCUCAGUAUGAAACAAAAUAUGAUACAUUGAAUUCUCUUACGUAAUUAUGUGUUUGAUAUAUUUAUUAAUAAUUUAAAUAUUUAUUAGUUUAACCCUUUGAAGACGAGUAGUUUGAAAUAUCGUCGUCAAGGAGUUAAUAUUAUACACUGUACAUUCUUUUUGUAAUCAAGGGUGCCAAUUUAUUGUGAUAAUGACAUAACAGAUUAAAUCAAAACAUGGAA